AUGGAUCCAUUCUCAGCGGAGGGAGAACUCCUUAACAUCUACAAUGCCUUCCACCAGGGCCAAUACCAGGAAGUGAUCGACUUCGAGACCGCUGCCCUAUCCUCGGAGAACCAAUUGUCGGCACGUGUGUUUAAGCUUCGCGCGAAGAUUGCCCUGAACCAGACCGAAGAAGUGCUCGCAGAUGUUGAGGGAGAAGAGGACACGCCUGAGCUUGCGGCAGUCAAGGCGCUGGCGCAGCAGGCGGCAGGAGACACCGAAUCUGCCCUGACUCUGGCGCAGGAACUGGUCCAGAAGGAUCCUGAGAAUGGAACCAUCCAGGUCCUAGCUGGAACUGUCCUGCAAGCCCAGGGACACAGUGAGGAAGCGUUGGCGCUGCUGUCAAAGCAUCAGGGUAACCUCGAAGCUGUCGCACUUAUCGUUCAGAUCCACCUACAACAGAACCGUGCCGACCUUGCCUUGAAGGAAGUGCAAGCCGCGAAGCGCUGGGCGCAGGAUUCGCUUGUCUUCAACUUGGCCGAGUCCUGGGUUGGAAUGAGAAUUGGUGGUGACAAAUACCAAUCCGCAUUCUACGUUUACGAAGAGCUCGCCUCUGCGCCUAGCACGUCUUCCGCUAUGUCUAUCGUUGGCCAAGCUGUUGCUGAGCUGCACCUUGGCCGCCUGCCUGAAGCGGAGGCUGCGCUGUCUGCUGCAAUUCAGAAAUACCCCGAUGACGCCCAGUUGAUUGCGAACACCAUCGUCCUGAACGUCCUGAGUGGAAAGGACACCACGGAGCUCACCUCACGCCUACAGCAAGUCCAACCCUCGCAUGGCCUUCUCACCGACCUGGAAGAGAAGAGUGCAUUCUUUGAUACGGCAGCGGCGAAAUAUGCUCCUAAAGUCUCCUCAUAAUAGUCGCUUAAAAUGUCUUGUCUUGUUGAACUACCCGGGCGCUUUAUGUAAUGAAUCGAUAUGAUAGACUGAAUAUUGAACUGCAGAUUUCUGUAGACCAUCCUAUCAGAGAUCAGAGAGAUGGAGUAGCCGGUGUAAUUCUCAUCCAACAAAUUAUAUUGGCCACGGUUGCGUGAAAAGACAUAUUUAAAAUAAACGUGUCUACUA